GAUUGGGGGGUUGACUAGAAGUGGAAGAAGAAGCAAUGAUAGGGAAGUGAGAAGCGUGGGAGCGUGUGCUCCGCUUGAGGCGAAGUUGGAUAAGUUGCUUGAGGUUAUGCUUGAAGAUAAGAAGCAAAGAAAAAGGCUGGUGAUGUCGUGUGACUGGUGCUCGAGCACCAGUCAUGAGAUGGCGGAGUGUCAAGCAAUGAAGUAGGAAACCACUCCAGAGGAGCAAGUCAACUCCGUGGCAAAUGCUAGGGUCAACAACCCGUAUAGCCAUACUUAUAACCCGGAUGGAGGAACCACCCCAACUUUGCUUGGGCGACGCCGACAAAUCCGAGGCCCCACGGGAAAUUUCCAUCCUCGGCCGACCUUCAUCUAACAAAGGCCCCAACUCCAAGGCUCAAGCUUCCAACAAACGUACCAAUCACAAGGUGCCCUAGGGUUUCAACAACAAUAACUCGACAAGCUAUCUAAACUUGAAGACCUAGUGAACACCUUUGUUAGUAUGAGUAGCCAAAAGUUGGAAAAGAUAGAGCAAUUUAUGGAUGUGGCGACUACCAAGUUUACCUCGGUCGAGGCGGGUCUCCGAAGCCAUCAAACGAGCCUCCUAAGCUUGGAGGUGCAAAUCAGCAACCUUACCGGUAUCCUCACCGAGAGACCCAAUGGAGCUUUACCCUCCCAAACCGUGGUGAACCCCAAGGACCAUGCCGGGGAAAAUGCACUUCAGGUGAGGAGUGUGAAGGUGGUUCCGGAAGUUGCCACUAAUGAAGUGAUGGAAAAGGAAGAUACCAAUAAGGAAGUGACCAACCCAAAGAAGGGAGAAGGGAAGCCCUCGAGGAAUGAGAGGAAGGCGGCAAGGAAGGCUUUGCCAGUGGAUGGAUACACAUCACCUCUUCCUUAUCCCACAAGGAUGUACAAGGAGAGGUUGGAGAACAAGCGUGGAGGUUUCAUGGAAAUGCACCGCAACCUCCACCUCAACAUCCCUUUCCUUGAAGCCAUGGCUCAAAUGCCAAGAUAUGGCAAGUACCGCAAAGGAUUCCUCACCAAGAAGCCAAUGCUUGAAGGCCUCGCCAAAGUGACUCUUGGUGAGGAGUGUUCGGCUUACCUCCUCGACCGCUUGCCCAAAAAGCGGUCCGAUCCAAGUAGCUUUACUAUCCCUCUUGAUAUUGGCAACCAUCACAUAGACAAUGCCUUGGCGGACCUAGGAGCUAGUGUUAAUGUGAUGCCCUACAAGCUUUUCAAAAAGUUAGAAGUAGGUGAACUUAAUACCUCUAAGCUUAGCAUCAUCUUAGCCGACCGUUCGGUCAUUAGCUCGAGAGAUAUAGUGGAGGACAUGAUGGUGAGAGUGGGCAAGUUUUGCUAUCCGGCCGAUUUCGUGAUUCUCGACAUAAGUGAGGACUCGGAUAUGCCCCUCAUCCUCGGUCGUCCCUUUCUUGCAACCUCCAAGGAAUUGAUAGACGUUAAUGAGGGGACCUUAAUUUUGAGGGAUGGUAAAGAGAGAAUCAAGCUUGAAAUUGAUCCUAGGAUUAGGAGUGAUGAAGUGAAGGGAGUAGUUUCAAAUGAUGUGAAUGAGAGUGGAGGAGAGCCUCUUUAGGCAAACCCCACCAUUACUUGUGUUGCUUUUGGUGAUGUUGAGUAUCAAGCUAAGAAGGGUCCUAAGCUCAAAAGAUCGAGGAUGAAUGCUUGGAGGAGAAGGAGGAAGGGAGCUUUGACCCGGAAGAUGGGGGAAGCUGAAACAAUGUUGGCCAACCAAGAGGGCGAACUCAAGGAACGUAAGAUGGGGGGCUACAAGCCUAGCCCCGAGAGUGUGGUGGAUCCGCUCUCGGUGGCAUCACAUUCAAAUUCGUGAUCGAUCCCCAACCGUCAAGCUAAUGACGAUAAAUUAGCUCUUGUUGG